AUGAAAAGCCACUUUGCCAUGAACGAACAACUGAUGAAAGGCUUAGCUGCCAAGGGUCAUCAAGUCGACGUCUACAGUCAUUUUCCUCUGGAUAAACCGAUUGAAAAUUACCGAGAAUUUACCAUCGUGGAUCCUUUGGUGGCAAAUUUUACAAAUAAUCUGAAUCGUGAUUUAUUAAAUUCGUGGAUGAGUUCGAAUUUUAUUCCAAUUCGUGAAAUAAUGAAUACCCUCGGAGAAUCGAACUGUCAACAAUUGGGUAGAAAAGAGUUUCAAAAACUCAUCGAGACUUACAGGAAUAAAAAUUCAACCUACGACGUGAUCGUCAUGCAGCCUUACGUGGCCGCAUGUUUUUUGGCCUUCGGACGUUACUUGAACCUGCCAAUUGUCACCGUCGAAACUCUGAGAAUGACCGACUGGACUUACUCGAGCUUCGGUAGUCCUCAUUAUCCGGCGAUAAUGUCCAGUGCCUACGCUGGAUUUUCAGCUCCAAUGAGUUUUUGGGAGCGAGUGAAAAAUUUCUUGAUCACCAAUUACAUGCACUACGGUUUCUAUUGGCUGGUCAAGAAUCAAGACGAAUACGUCAAACAGUACUUCGGAGACGAUUAUCCGUCGACGGGAGAAUUACUGAAAGACGUGGACUUGAUGCUGAUCAAUUACAACCAGAUGUUGCACGGCGUAAGACCUUAUACGCCUGCGAUCGUGCCGGUUGGCGGGUUACACAUAGAUACCAGCGAGAGAAAACUCUCAGAGAAAGUUCAAAAAUUCCUCGAUGACAGUGAAAAUGGAUUCGUGUACUUUUCGUUCGGCUCGAUGGUCCGUAUAGAAACUUUCCCAGAGCACAUAUUGAAAAUAUUUUACGACGCCUUUCGAAAAAUCGCACCAAUCCGUGUUCUGUGGAAGAUAGCCAAACCCGAAGAAUUACCAAGUGGACUUCCUGACAAUGUUUUGACCGAUACAUGGCUACCACAGAUGGAAGUUUUAAAACACAAAAAUAUCAGAGCUUUUAUAACCCACGGUGGUUUGAUGGGAACUAUGGAAGCCAUUUACAACGCAGUACCAAUGAUCGGAGUUCCAUUAUUUGUUGAUCAGUACGCAAAUAUGGAUUUAUAUCAAAAAAGAAAAAUUGCUGUAUCUUUAGAUUAUUACAAAAUAAAUAAUGAGAGUUUUAUUCAAGCUCUUGAGGAAAUUUUAGAAAAUCCAAACUACAAGAAAGAAAUAGCAAAACUUAGUCAAUCCUUCAGAGAUACGCCAAUGAGCCCAUUGGACACCGCGGCAUAUUGGAUCGAGUUCAUAGCGAGAAAUGGCAAAAAAUCACUCAGAUCACCCCUCGUCGACAUGCCUUGGUGGCAGACUUCGAUACUUGACGUUUAUAUGUUCGUAGCUGUUGUCAUAUUUUUGAUAGUUAGUUUAGUAGCGAUUAUUGUUCAAAAAUUUAAGCGUUUACUACUCAGAUGUAUGAAUAAAUCCAAAAAAAUCAAAGUUAAUUAA